AUGCGGGCUUCCACGCCGUUAGUCGUUAUGACUGCUUUCGCGAUUUCAACCCUUGCGGUAGCCGCCACACCUCUCGGUGCCUCGGCAAAACUAGGCGAGCAAGAUUGGACGAAGACCGCGUUAUCAACAGUACCGUCGCUACGGCUGCAUGUUACACUCGAUGACGAAAACGUGAAGAUACAUGGGCAUUCCGUCAUUGACGUAUUCGCGAACCCAAUCGUCUCCAGCGACAACACCAGCAUCCACUACGACGGCUUUAGCACCUUUAGCCAAGACGAUACCGAAUAUACUUACGUGUUCGAGAACGGCACAUCCUACAUGUUAGAGAGCCCCGUUAAUGGCAACGCUUCCUCAACGUUGCACUGUCUACCAUCGAUCAUUCCAUUCGAGCAUAUACUUCCAGCACUCAACAACGCCACAUCGAUUCCAAGCGCAUCUGUCGGAGGGGAGACCAUCGAGUGCCCAGACGGAUCAUUGUUCCGGACGACAUUUAGCGGAGUGGAUUUCGUGUUAUGCGCAUCAAGUACAUCCGGAUUCAUGGCGUUUGGGCUCGAUAUGACGAUGGCAGUGGAAUACUUGUCGACUCCAAUUCGUCAUACUCUGCCAGCAUUGAGUAAUGACAUUUCGACGUGCCCAGUAGUGGCAUUCCCUACGCCGGUGACACCAACUGCCAUCGCGCUACUUACAGGUACAUCUCUUCCGACUUCUCCAUCCAGAAACCUGAAGGCAGCAGCACCCGCAGUGAUUGAGGCGGAGUCUUGCGAGUGCAAGUCUACUCCUCGGCCGUGUAUUUUCUUGCACGGUCUGGGAAAUCCGAAUGAAAAAGCAGAAUUACAAGAUACACCCAAGUUGACGAAGGAGAAGUUCGGAGAUAUUGGUGAUCAUGCCCCAUGCUGUACGACGGUCAAGUACGCGGUCAUCAACACUGUUGAUGUCGGGUGGAGGAAUGACACGCUGCAGCAAAAGUUCUGCGAUUUCUCACUUUCCAUGAGCGAAACGAGUGACUUGGCAACACGUACAAUAUCCGACACUAUCGUUGUGACGCACUCGAUGGGUGGCCUAGUACUGGCGAGCGCACUCGCCAAUGGGAAGUGUAAACUUGCAGAUAGCACGUCGUGGGUGAGCAUGAGUGCUCCGAUGAAGGGGAGUAUGGCUGGAGACUUUCUUCAAGAUAUUUGUGACGGAAAGUUCACGAAAACUGUGACUGGGUUGAUGGAUUUACUUGGCCAGUGCCCUAUCACCAUUGCUAAACAGUCGAUUUAUUACCAGAACGGCAAGUACAGCACCCCAGAACUCAACGCGGCAUACACCGCAGCACAAGAAGCCUACCGCAGCAACGUCGAUGCAGCACUGUGUAGCAAAAGCUACCUCGGUGUCUUGUCAAAGUUCUCUCCUUCAUGUUUGGUAGGAGGAACCGUGAUCCCACACAAGUCAGAUGAGAACGAUGCCCUCGUGGAGUUUCAGAGCUGCUUGGGUGGCCUCGACCCUGACUUGUUCGGUGGCAGCUAUCGUGAUCGAUUUUACGCGGCCAAAUUGGAUCAUGCUGACACGGCGUUUCUGACCCACGAUAGUUUUUUCAGAGACUCUCAGAAACCAUUCAAAUGGUUUGAGUGUUUACUGUAA